UUUAUUGAAAAACAAAAUGUAUUUCGAUUGAACAAAAAAUAAUACAGAAAGUAAAAUUGUAUUAUGCGCCAGAGUCCUUGGGAUAUACACGGUGAACCCCGUGGCGCGUUGUUGUGAUCUAACAUGGCGGAAUGUAGUGUUGUGGAUGUUCGAUGUCUAUGUCAAUUUUAGAGUGAUCUCGCGCAAAUAAUACGGAAGAACGGCGAUGCUCCGUAGUUGCAGCAUUGAAAGAAUUCGUGUAAGAUAAUCGUGUGAUUGGAAAUAUUUACAUCGUAAGUGACGAGCGAGUUCUUCUAUAUCGGUUUUGCUCAUCGCGGGAAUCGUAUACAGGCGGCAAGAGCGCACACAGGGCUUCGGCUUCCCUGGCACAACGUUUCUUUCUGACCUUCCACGACGACGAACUUAUUUCAAAUGAACGACCUGAAAUACGCUUGACAUUUUCUAGCUUUACGGGACUGUGACACGUGCACGGAAGAGCGUGUACUCCACUAACUUUUCCCGCGCGUCCCAAAAGUUUUACUGUUGGCGCAGGUAUCAAGCUUAUGCAACUGAAGAGCUUAUAAACAUCCAGCAACGGUAAACAAUCUCAUUGUUCCGAGUAUACAUCGGAAUAAAGGUACCGUUUCGUGAUAAUCCGUAAUAAAAUUCGACUAAUGCACGGUCGUUUUUAAACCGUCGUUAAUAUCUUCAUGAAAUAGCAAUUCCAUGUAUUUGUGCAGAGAACAAGAGGAUAUUCGUAAUUUUGGAAAUCGUUAACAAUUGUUAUUCAUUAUUAAUAUAAAUCAAAGUGCAUCACUCAUGGUGAUAUAUGAGUAUUUUCUACUCAUUGGUAUUAGUAUUGUAGUUUCUUGGAGACCACCCAAAGAGAGUAUUGAGUUUAGAUGAAUGAGUGGUUACUCCGAAAGACAUUUUUCAAAUAAGUUAAGACUUCUGACUCUACGGCAUUAUAUACAACAGCAUUGUGCUAUAUCUUAGUGGAUUAUGAGAGAACAAAUAAAAGUUUGGUAGAUAUAGAUUUUUGUGUGUGAAUUUAUUUAAUAGAAAUUUUAUAAGAACAGAAAGGCCAAGGAUUUUUUUCAACUUCUAAGGCAUGCAAGGUAGUUGGUGAUAAUACAAAAACAACUGCGUAAAAUAUUUUUGACAACAUGACGGACACACGCAGAAGAGUAAAGCUUUAUGCACUUAAUGCUGAUAGACAAUGGGACGAUCGUGGUACUGGUCAUGUUUCUUCUUCCUAUGUAGAUAGAUUAAAAGGAAUUUCACUUUUGGUUAGAGCCGAAAGUGAUGGAACGGUCUUAUUGGAAAGUAAAAUACAUCCGGAUACUGCAUAUCAGAAGCAGCAAGAUACUUUGAUAGUAUGGUCAGAGGGUGAUAAUUUUGACUUAGCCCUAAGUUUUCAAGAAAAGGCUGGUUGUGAUGAAAUUUGGGAAAAAAUAUGUCAAGUUCAAGGAAAGGAUCCAUCAGUAGAAAUUACACAAGAUAUUGUUGAAGAGUCAGAAGAUGAACGCUUUGAUGAUAUGUCAGAUGCUGCACCGCCCAUAGAACUGCCUCCAUGCGAAUUAAGCCGAUUAGAAGAAAUUAAUGAAUUAAUAGGGAAUUCUUUGGCUUCUCCAAUGAGAAAAGAAAAACUCGCUGUUGCAUUAGAAUCAGAAGGUUAUAUCAAGAAACUUUUAAAUUUGUUCCACACUUGUGAGGACUUAGAAAAUAUUAAAGGCUUACAUCACCUUUAUGAUAUUUUUAAAAAUAUUUUCUUACUUAAUAAAAAUGCACUAUUUGAAGUGAUGUUCAGUGACGAUACAAUUUUUGAUGUUGUUGGAUGUCUUGAAUAUGAACCAACAUUGCCUCAACCAAAAAGACAUAGAGAAUAUCUUCGGCAAUUAGCAAGAUUUAAACAAGCAAUUCCAAUUACAAAUGCUGAAUUAUUAGCUAAAAUUCAUCAAACAUAUAGAGUUCAAUAUAUACAAGAUGUUGUUUUACCAACUCCUAGUGUAUUUGAAGACAACAUGCUUAGUACAUUGAGUAGUUUUAUAUUUUUUAAUAAAGUUGAAAUAGUAACUCUUAUACAAGAUGAUGAAAAGUUUCUGACUGAAUUAUUUCGUCAAUUUACGGACGAAUCAACAUCAGAUAGUAAAAGACGUGACAUGGUUCUUUUCUUAAAAGAAUUUUGCAACUUUUCUCAAAAUCUUCAACCACAGGGCAAGGAAUCAUUCUAUAAAAAUUUAACAGCAUUGGGCAUAUUACCUGCCUUAGAAAUAACAUUGGCAAUAAAUGAUCCGCAAACAAAAACUGCGAGCAUUGAUAUAUUGACGUAUAUUGUGGAAUAUUCUCCUAGCGUUGUGAGAGAUUAUACAUUACAACAAAUAAAUAAUACAGAACAGGACCAAAUGUUAGUCAAUGUAAUAGUCGCUCAACUUGUUGGAGAUAGCGAUCCUGAAUUGGGUGGAGCAGUACAGUUAGCUGGUGUGUUACGCCUGCUUCUUGAUCCAGAAAAUAUGUUGGCUUCAGUCAACAAAUCAGAAAAGACUGAUUUCUUGAAUUAUUUCUAUAAAAAUAGUAUUGGAACACUGAUAGCUCCUUUAUUAGCUAAUACAAUUGGGGAACGACCAGCAAGAGAAGAUUAUAGAACAGUGCAACUUUUAGGAUUGAUUUUAGAGUUAUUAUCUUUUUGUGUAGAACAUCAUACAUACCACGUUAAAAAUUGCAUUUUAAAUAAGGAUUUACUUAGAAGAAUAUUGGUUUUAAUGAAGUCAACGCAUACAUUCUUAGUACUGUGCGCUUUAAGGUUUAUGAGAAAAAUUAUAGCUCUGAAAGAUGAAUUUUAUAAUAGGUAUAUAAUAAAAGGAAAUUUAUUUGCACCUGUAUUUGAUGCAUUUGUAAGGAACAACGGUAGAUACAAUUUAUUAGAUUCUGCUAUUUUGGAAAUGUUUGAAUUUAUCAAAUUGGAAGACAUCAAAUCACUUUGUUCACACGUUGUAGAAAAUUUUUCGAAAGAAUUGGAAGCAAUUGACUAUGUACAAACAUUCAAAGCAUUAAAGCUGAGGUAUGAACAACAUCAGGAUAAAUUAAAGGAUCGUGACAGAACAACACUCGACAGUGUUCCAUCAAUAUUAAGAAAUAGCCGGUAUCGAAGAGAUCAGAGACAAUUAGAUGAAGAAGAAGAAAUAUGGUUUAGAGAGGAAGAAGAUUUUGAUGAAGGAGAAGCAGUGGUACCUGCGGCCACGGCAGAUUUGGUACCACCUGCUUCAGCUAAGAAACAAUCUUCAUCUUCUAAUUCUGCCCUUGGGCCUUCCCUUACAGAGUCGAAAAAUCAUCAGCAACAACAACAACAACAAUCUGUAUUAAACAAUAAUACAGCAAAUAAUAAUAUCACUCCUCAGCAAACUCAAGUCAAUAAUAGUACAUCAACAACGAAUGAAAAUCCAGUUACACCUGAGAUUACUCCUAGUUCUACUAUUGGUACCGUAGAAAAGGCUGGAAUUAUAAUUAGAAAAGGAUUGGUCGAUUAUGAAGAAGAUUCUGAUGAAGAAGAUGAGGAUUCUGGAUUAAGUCCUUCGCCAAAACGGCAACGAUUGUCGUGGUAGACAUUCUCGAAAUUCAAAAUAAAUGUGCGAUCUCCAAAGUUUUUAGUAAAAUACGGCCCCUAUUAUGUGCACAAAAUGCUGAUCGAAAGGUUAUACAAUCUAUUAAUUUACAAUGAGAAGGGUACAGGUUGUACUUUAUUCAUCCUGAGUGAUAAACGUAAUGAAUAAGUGCUUUUGAAACACAAAGCGUGAUGAACUUUUACAUCUUUUUCUUUCUUUAAUUGUGUAUAUUAAACAAAGAAAUGAAUGUGAGAAGACAGUGAUUGGAAAUAGUAUAGGAAAAAAAAGGAAAAAAAAAAAUAAAGAAAAAACAUAUUGGACAACGGGAUCGACAAACACAAGUGAAGGUAAAGCCAAAAUAAUUGUAUUAUCAUAUUGACGAAAUAUUGGAAGUUCACUCAAUGAAUUAAAUGAAUUUAAAAAGGAUUAAUGAUUUAUUCCACUUAUCUGGAAAUCUACGUAGUAGGGAAAAUUUUCACAGAUAAGGUGAAAAAUUCUAGACCUGGUGAGUUCUAUAGACAUUAAUGUCUAAGUAUACACUUUGGUCUAGGUCUAUAAAUCUAAAAACUGUGACUAUAUGACAUGUAUGAGUCCAUCGAAAAGGAACUUACUACAAGAUGUGUAAAGACCAUUUUCGCAUGUAAAAGUACAUGAUCUACCGCACAAAAACAGUUGUGUUUUUGAUUAGCCAUCCACGAAUUGAAUUAGUGGGACAAGCGAUUGAAAUCUGUUUUUGCAAAGGUCAGAUACCAUGAAUCUUUAUCCAAUUCGACGGAAAUAAUAUUUAGUUUGUAUAUAUAUGUAUAUUUGUAACGAUUGUAAAACGACCACAUACUUGGAUUAAGCAGAAAAUAUGCGACUACUUCACAAUCUCAGUUUCCUUCAAAAUACAUUUGAAGAGUUUUUUGGUUAUCAAUGUAAGUAGUAGAAGUUGUACAAUAAAUAUUUGAUUUGUGUAUAUUUAUCAGUUUGCACUUCAUGCCCGAUAGCAAUCCUCGAUAUAAAAAGUAUGUUUUAAAAAAUAUUUAACGAAUCUUGAAUAUUAAGUGUAGUAUAGUAUCUUUUUUACAAAUCUUUUUUUUAAUCGUAAGGGCAAAAUGAGAAGCCUGGAAUAAUCUCUGUGCACUGAAAAAAGAAUGUCUAAUUUAUGAAAAUAUUCAUAUCUACUUACAUUAUUUUAUGUAGUAGAGCCAUGAGAUGAGAAUAAUCUCGGAUAUUGCAAUACGAAAUCUUAAUUUUUGUUUAAAUUGAGAUUCUGUAUGUCAUGAAAUUACAGGAAAUGCCAGCUCCAGAAAAAAGUGUCUACUUUCUAGUUUAAUCUGUAAUUUUUAACAUAGUUAAGAUCUAUAGCGAAGAGAAAUCUAUUACUUUGAAUAAUCAUUUAACUAGAGCAGGCCUUAUACAGUGACCAAUUUGAAAUAAAUUAUUGCCUUACACUGAUUGAGUUGACUUUAUAACAAAGUAUUAUAAGCUAAUGUACAGAGUUUUCGAUACGUCUAACACAAAAGAAUUUUCAAGACUGUUGUAUAAUUGUAAGUAUGAACAUUUGAAAUUUUUGUGAUGUCGUAAGAACAUUCGUAUGCACAUAUUAACAAACUUUAACAAACAGACGCAUAUAUUAACUUAUGAUACUACAAAAGGUGAUAGAAGUUAAUUCACUCAUGAGAUUAGUAUAUUGUGAAUAUUUCAAGUAGGCAAAUUCGCUGGAGCUGAGUAAUGUAUGUAUAUAUAAAAUGUUGUUAAUUCUGAAAUGACCACAGAAUAUGUAACUGAAUAUAUUAAUUAGGUAAUUAAGUAACAGAAUAUCGAGUAAUGUAUUUCGUGUGUUUUGCAUAUAUUCACAAUUUAUUCCAUAAUAAGAAAGAGAUAUUCUUAGGCAUAGAAUGCUACAUUGGGUGCGGCGAAUGUAAGUAAAUGAAAGGAAUGAAUUAAUACCUAAGUGAUACUAAAGUAAAGAUGCAAUCAUAUGCUAUUUAAAUUAUACUCAAUGUAUUUUUGUACAGAGUGUUUUAGGCUUUGUCGCUAUCAUUUUCCAUUAUUUUUUUAAAUGCUUGCCAUCAAGAGAAGUCAGAAUAUCUUUGUGGCAUAUUUCUAGUAAAUAGUUUGAUAUACAUUUUUUUUCUCUUUAUUGUAUCAUACUCUCUAAGAAUGUAUUAUUCAAUAAUCAUAAUAGAGAGGAUAUAUUAUAUAUAUGGAGAGAGAAGAGGGCGAAUAUGGAUAGAAGAGGGCAAAGGGGGAAUAAGGGGAUGUAAAAUUAAGUGCAGUAAAAUUCCUAUACUUUAUUAGGAAGAAAUUAUCGUUAGACCGUCCUAAGUUCGAAUAUUAUUUUAUUUCCAAGAGUACUAUAUGUUUACUCAUCAUUUCAACAAGAGCGAAGAUAAAAAUUAAAAAAAAAAAAAGAAAAAAAAAGAAAAAAAAAGAAAAAAGAAAAAAAAAAGAAAAAUAAUAAUACAUAAAAACAUUCGUAGAUCGUAAUCUACGAAAAAAUCGUGAAACGUCACAGAACUUUAAUCAUAUCGUAAAACGUUACGCAGGACAUUCGUUAGGAGAAUUAAGUUGUAAAUAUGUGAAAAAAAAGAAAAGAAAACAAAUGCAGCACUUCCAGGGGCACUCUUAAAAAUUUCAUUUAAUCGAAAAAUCUAAAACAUUUUGUCUGGCAGUUUAUUACCAAGAUUGCUGUAUUCAAUGUUACAUAGUCAUUACAUUGUAACAUUAAUCAAAGAACGGAAAUUUACACAUUGUACAAUACCAUACGUGCUAAUAAUAAUAAUAUUGAUAUAAUAUUAAUGAUAACGUGCGUUUUACAUUUAAAAUACCAACAGAAUGUGACAUUUUUGUUCUCUGACAUAUGUAGCCACAUACAAACACACAAACGCGAAAAAUCACACGUUUUUUAUAAGAAAAUGAAGUUCAUCAAUUCUGUAAGUUAAUGAGCAGUUAUAAAAAAAAAUCAGUGUGCAUGACAAUGAUAAAUAUGUGAAUGGACUACAAACGAAAGAUCAUAUUUUGCAUUUUAUUCUGUCGGAGAAUGAAUGAUGUGAAGAUUAGAUUAACUAAGCCGAAUAUUAUAUAGGCAGAAUAAGUAGCAUAUAACAAGCAACAUUGAAUGGAAGAAAAGCUUACAAUAGAUGCAAUGAAUACAUUGCAUUAUUUAAAUGAGAAAAAAAGAGUAUCUUUAUAAAAGUCGAUUAAUUCAAGUUAUUUUAUUUGAUGUCUAUUAAUAACGAAAUUUAUCGACCUUUACAAGGAUUUGUAAUAAUUUACUUUUAAUCAAAUGUAAUUUUACUCUUAUUGCUUUCCGUGAUCUAUAAUGUGUGUUAGACGUAGUAUCGUUUUCAUUUUUGUCCUUUUUUGUUUUUCCUUUCUUUUGUUCUUUUCCUUUUUUUUCUUUUUUUUUUUUUUAUCAUUAUUAUUAAUAUAUGUCAGAAAUAUUAUCAUCGUGUUAAAUGUGUAUUUAAUAUGUACAUAUUGUUACAGUAAUUAAUAAUUACAGAAUUACACAUUAGAGUACUUAUUGCUUGUUUUUUGCUACCGAUCUGUCUUAUUCAAUAUUAAAGUUGGUCGUAAAGGUGAAAAUGAUGGUGUGACUGACGCAAAAUAUGUGUGGUGUAGAAGUGCGAACAAUAUUUAAUUAAAUAAAAUUAAAAAUUUAGACAAAAGCGUCUAUUAGAUAGAGUUACAGACCCUACCUUAAAAAGCGUACUCGCAAAAUUGUUAUUUCAAAUCGGGCGCAAUCGGCGAAUUAAAUAGCAUUAUCUUUAUUAUUAUCGAUUUACUCGUAAAAAAACGUUUUAUAUUUCGUCAUUAUCUUUGCCUUCUCUUCAGUGAAACACAUAAUCUUAGCUCAUAUUUUGUAACAACAUUGUAAAUAUUAAUCUGGCUAAUUGAAAAAAAAACAAAAAAGAAAAAAUGUCGAUCGUAUAUGAUCAUGUAGGCAAUAAUUACAAAUUUUAUUCUUCGAGAUAAACGAUUGAACAAUUUUAUUUAUAUCGCUAAAGGGAACGAGAUACUGAGGAAUGAAGUAGUAUGCAUAGUAUUUAUGUAAUUUAUGAGCAAUCCAAGUAUUAUAUUUGAAACAAGUUAGGCAUUUAUAUACAAAUAAAACCUUUCAUAAUACGAAUAAACUGAAACAACAUGUUUGCGUAUAA